CUUAGUCACUUAGGGCUUGUGGCUCCUCCGCUGAGAGCUAGGGUUUCCAUCUCAUAACGGAUCUCAGUCGUGGGAUUCGAUUUUCUAAGAAUAAGUUAAAAUGGUGAGAGGAAAGAUCCAGAUCAAGAAGAUCGAGAACACGACAAGCAGACAAGUCACCUUCUCUAAGCGAAGGAGUGGUCUCCUUAAGAAGGCUCAUGAGCUUUCUGUUCUUUGUGAUGCCCAAGUAGCAGCUAUCAUCUUCUCUCAGAAAGGAAGAUUGUAUGAUUUCGCCAGCUCUGAUAUCCAGAAGACGAUCAAGCGAUACGCUGAGUAUAAGGGAGAGUACUUCGUUGCAGAAAGUCACCCCACUGAGCAAUACGUGCAGGGACUAAAGAAGGAAAUGGUGACAAUGGUGGAAAAGAUUGAAAUGCUUGAAGUUCAUAACCAGAAGUUGAUGGGGAAAAGUGUGGCCUUUUGUUCUUUACAAGAACAAAAGGAAAUAGCCACACAGAUAGAGAAAAGCCUUCAUAUUGUUAGAUCAAGAAAGGCUAAAUUAUAUGAAGACGAGGUAGAGAAACUAAAAGCCAAGGAGAGGGAGCUCAAGGACGAGAGAGUCAGGCUUAGUGGAAGGGUAGGAGAAGAACCAAGCGGGAUGCCAUCAGGAAGCAAAGAGAAAGAGGAUGUGGAAACUGACCUUUCCAUCGGAUUUCCAAAGAGCCGAUCUUAACAUUCUUCUUGUUCCUUAAAUAUGAUAUCGAGCUACUUAUUAUCUCAGUGGAUAUGUGUAUAUUUAUAGGUCUUGUGUCACAUUUAUACUGAUAACUAAAUGAAACUAUUCUCUUCGAACUAA